AUGUCGUUAUAUGCAGCACCAAUACUUUAUUUAAACUUGGGCGGUGAAAUGCUGUACGUCUUGCGACAAAGAUUGAAAGCGCAAAGGAUAUGCACUGAUAAAACUACACAAGUAUUAGACGAUGUGAGCGCGGCGUUGCUUAAUCCUAAAAUAUUGUCUUCUGUAUUUGGAGGAAAGCCCUUGCCCGGGAUACCUGUUUUACGGUCUACCUUAGAAUGUGUUGUAUUGUCUUCGAUAAUGAAACUCGACAAAAAUAGUAUGAAUAAAUUGUUUGACUUAAUGACUAUGAUGGUUAAAUAUCAGUUGACUGCAGCUACCGGUCCCGUAGAAGUUGUAUUGUUAACUCUAAAUCAUACAGAUGCCAUGCGUGAUAUGGUCAGCAAUCCAAACGCUCAACAAUGCGUUGGACUAGUGCAUCAGAUGGUAACUGAUUUUUACGGUAUGUUAACGUUCGAGGAAGUAUGGAAUGCUAGGAACGAUUGCUUGAGGGAGUUAGAACCGUACUGUGUGAGGGUGUCCGUACUUCUUAGACUUGGUUUGCAAAACGAAGACGGUAAUUUUAAUUCAACGUAUCAUAAGUAUAACGAGAGGUACGACGAAAAUAAAGAUCGUUUUUCUGGCAAGAAACUAUACGACAUAGAUCCGAAGACGUACUGUAAUGGAUCCUUCGAUCUUUUCGGGGAACGAGGUACAAUACUUGGUAAAAAUAUGUACUCAAUGUCAUAUGGCACGUUAAAGCCAACGCCCGAUCAUGAUAAAGAUGCACACAUUAAAGAUUGUGGUACAAAAGCCGAACUUGGCAUGCUAGCUAUCCAGCUAGGAACAGAGGACACUUCCUACAAACGGCCUUUCACUUUAAAUUUACUUUCCAAUGAAGAUAAGGAUAAUGCAAAUGCAAAUGAAAAGCUAUUUGAUUCUAAGGAGAAUACUCCAAAACAGGAGAAGCCGAAAUUUAACGAAGAUUAUAAGAUCAGACUAGAGAAUAUACGCGCGGACUUUUUUGACGACGAACACGAUAAUAUAAAACAUAAUGUGAAUCUGUUAGAUCUCUUGGAUAAAACGGAAUAAUUCUAUUUAAUUGACAAUAUAUAAUUUCUUAUGUACCUUUAUAAUAACGUAUAGCUAUAUUAUGAUGCAAAUAACUAUUUUUUUAUAUUUCACAAUACCUACUUCGUUUAAACCUCGUUCUUCUAUGAAUUUUCUUACACAGUUAACUAUUUAUAUAAAUGCAAUAUAUCUGCGAUUGUUAAACAUUAAAUACAAUUAUUUCGCGCUAAGAUUUUAUUUAAAGACACACUACAAAAUGAAA